AUGAUGAAUGCACGUUUCAGUAAUGAAUUACAGCAAUUACAAAUGGAGUUGCGCGCUCAGAACUUUGACCUGAUUCGAUUUUCGACGUACCGAAUAGCAUGUAAAUUACGUUUUAUUCAAAAAAGAUUAAACUUUCAUCUGCUCGAUCUUAUCAAUGUUGUCGAAGCGCUUCGAGAAGCUUAUAAAAAUUUAUCGCUCGAUCUCAUUUCGGCUAACACAACACCAAUCAAGUCUCGGACGCCGUCAUUUUUACCAAACGGCGAUAAAUAUCUUUCAGUCAAACAACUAACCGGUUUUCUCACGUCUAUUUACAUCAAUUUAAAUAAACGUUUGCCAGGCUCACAACAAAUCCACCACAUCGACAAUUGCGUUCACUCAGCUAUCGCUUGGCUUCUAUAUGUUUAUAAUCCCGAUGAUUUUAUUGUUAGUUUCAAUUCAUUCCGUGUUGUACUGAUUUUGCUAUGCUCUGGUAAACUAGUCGAUAAGCUACGUCAUUUAUUUACAUCUUGUUUUUCCACUUCAUUGUCAAAUACGUUAACUUAUGGGCAGAUAGAUGAACUUUUACAUGAAAUCUUGGCAUUACCAUAUGCACUGCAAGAAAUUUCACAUUCCACUUAUUGUACAAAUUAUGCACGUUCGCUAUUUUCUCAAUCAUCGUCGAUAACACUCGACGAAUUUCUUCAAAUGUUAAUCUACCAAAAUAGGACACCGAAUUGCCUGCAAUGGUUGAUUAUAUUUUACCGUUUGAUUAGUGUAGAAAAUGUCAUUCAUCGCGUCAAAUGUUCAGCUUGUCAGCGACCGUCAUUUUCUGGUUUUCGUUAUAAAUGUCAACAAUGUCAUAAUCGAGCGUAUCAAUUAUGUCAAGAUUGUUUCUGGCGUGGACGAACAUCCGAACAGCAUUUGUCAACACAUGAGAUGAAGGAAUACACAUAUUUCACUUCGCCGAACAAAGACUUCCGACAAUCAAUUCGAAAAUCAUUGAAAUGCAUGCCAAAGAAUGAUAAACGCUAUCAAUUUUCCAGUUCGCUCACAGUCGAUCGAGAACAACAAUCGAGCGAACAUCGAGAUGUAUCAUUAUACACGAAACAACUUGCUUCCGCUACAGAUAAUUAUGAUGCGAACUCACCGGAUGAAGCUCGGUUUCGACAGAGAUAUAACGAUCGUGGUAGUGCAGAGAAGAAACUUUUGAUUUCGAAACUUGAAGCAGAAAACAGACGUAUACUUCAUGAAAUCAAAACAUUACGUGCACAACUCAAGUAUCGAUCGUUGGACUAUCUUCGCGCUGCUGAUCAGGAUGUCGAUGUCUUUUGUACAAUAGAUCAAGAACAUGCUCGAAAAGUGCCCCACCACACAUUGAGCUUCGAUGAUGAAUAUUUGGAUGAUCAUUAUCGUACGAUGCAACCUGCUGGUUCAGCGGAAAUGGCAAUGAAUCGAGCUCACUAUGCCGAAGAUGAAUUAGAAACUCUGUUAGCACGAAAAAUACACUUAGAGUCCCGUAUUGAUCAUUUGAGACAAAACCGAGAAGAAGUAACAGCACAAUUAGAUCAUUUAGGGAGAAUUUUACAUACUUCCUCUCAUACAAGACAAAGAUCUGCUACGACUAGUCCGCACAAUCGUUCCGCGGCAGCAUCGCCAUGGCACACAAAUUCACUUCAACGUGCCUCGAAGAAAGUGACAUACCGAAGUUACUCGACACCAGCAACGCCUGUUCAUCAUCAAUUCAUGAACCAUCUACGAACAGAUUUACUUCUGGCUGCUGACUCUCUAACAUCUGCUCUAUCAACAUUGGUUCAGCAUUUGAAUACAAAUAGUGUAGCAUCACAUUCGGCAAUGCUGUCAUCCGAGAAGGAACUCGAUUAUUGUUCCCAUUCUAACGGUGAUUCCGCUAUGAACGAUGAUUAUCUCGUUGGAAAGAUCGACAAUGACGAGCGAUUACUCUAUUCUACGUUCAUAGAUGAAAAAAUAUGA